AACAACAGAUGAAGCAAUGCUGGCAUUUGAAACUUCUUUGCCCAUUGGCAAGACAAAUUCUUUCUCACUGUCUUAAAACUUGUACUCUUUCAUAGAUAUUUGUCACUCUGAAAAAGCUUCUAGGAGUAUAGAAAAGUAGUGACGGCGUGAUGUCAUUUUGUGGGCGGUGCCUGCACUUGAAAUGAAGGAAAAGAAAAUGUUAAAGUGAUAUUAAUUAUGAGGGCCAAGAUUUAGUGAAGAACUGUCCUGACGUAAAGAUUCUGCCGACAGGGUGGUCAUCUUGCAAUACGCGAUAGCUACUUGGGAAGGGGAUGUAGCUUACUGUACGCUGCAGUAACGUGAAAGCAGGCAAAAACAGUCAAGCCUAAAGCAUUUUAAUACAGUAUUUUCUGAUUAUGAGAUUGGCAAGUAGGAACGAAUGUUGUCUUAAGUGUGCAGGAUAUUUAAACAUUUUGGGUAUUGGUUUCCUACGCUGACAACUGUUUUGACGUGUAGCGCCCUAGAAAAUAAUUUCAGAGAGACGGACAACUUAGAUUGUAGCACCAACCGGAAAAUGCUUCUUCUUUUCGAAAGUGGGAUGGCAGUGUAGCUUCCGGUGAAUAUCCCCACCCCGAAACCUCGGUGGUGUAGGUAGUUCUAAGUUCUGCCGAAACAAAAUCCGCAGUCAAGUAAAUAUUACUGCAAGCACGGCUAAAUUGAUUAAGAAAUCUAAGCUUGCUAAUGUUGCUGAGGCUUGUUCCCUGUGCACAGCAGUUUAAAAGAAGUCAGAGUUUUAUAGCGGAAGGCUGCAUGCUGGGUUCCUGUCACCGACUGCUUGAAUUUCAACCCAGGAAAUGCUGUAGUUGAACAUAACAAGGUCCACUGACAGACACUAGUAUAAGUUUUUUGUUUGCCUUUGUAAUGUGGAAUCAGACGGCGUAAGGAAGCAGCUUGUUCUUAUUUUGUGUGAAACUUCGUGUCAGACUGUUCAUUUGUAGGUGUUGUGUGUAUUUGAGACAAUGUUAUCCUGCAAAUCUUAAUUUCCAUUUGUUUGUGGUUUGCGUUGAAGGGAGCAAGGUUCUUAUGCUUCAGCUGUCUUAGAUGGAUGGUGCUGGAAAGGAAGACACUGGAAAUAGUGUGCAGAACCCACGGCUAGUAAUGAUGCGAUACAUUUUUCAUAGUUAUUUGUAAAGUCUAGCCACGAGGCGUACAUUCACAACAUUUUUGUGUACUAGGAGCCGGAAAUAAAAACGGGAUCCAUGAGGGAAUAUAAGGUAGUAGUUUUAGGGAGUGGUGGAGUAGGCAAGUCUGCUCUGACCGUACAGUUUGUUACGGGAACAUUUAUUGAAAAAUAUGACCCCACGAUUGAAGAUUUUUAUCGUAAAGAGAUAGAAGUGGACUCCUCUCCUUCGGUUCUUGAAAUUUUGGACACAGCAGGAACAGAGCAGUUUGCUUCAAUGCGAGAUCUUUAUAUAAAAAAUGGUCAAGGUUUCAUUUUAAUCUACAGUUUGGUGAAUCAGCAGUCAUUCCAGGAUAUCAAGCCAAUGCGAGAUCAGAUUGUCCGAGUGAAGAGAUACGAAAAAGUACCUUUGAUCCUGGUAGGAAAUAAAGUGGAUCUUGAAUCCGAGAGAGAGGUUUCAACUAUAGAAGGUAGGGCACUUGCCCAGGAGUGGAACUGUCCAUUUAUGGAAACUUCAGCAAAAAGUAAAAGUAUGGUGGAUGAACUGUUCGCAGAGAUCGUAAGACAGAUGAACUAUGCAUCCUUGCCUGAAAAACAGGAUCAGUGUUGUAAUACUUGUAUUAUCCAGUGAGAAAGCAGAGAAAAUUGUCACUCAGUUGCCAUAUGGAGCAG